AUGUCGCCUCUGAAUCACACACCGAAAUCGGAGAAUAAGAAAAAGGGCAAGAAGGAUGAAGAGAUGGAUGACGUCAAGACCCUCAUCUAUCACCGUGGCCAAAUCAAGAGGAAGGUCACAAUGAUCAACCAAACCCUGCAGGAAGCAGAGGACGAUCUGACGAAGAUCACGCCUUCACUGCUGAAGGUCUUCGCGAAGAGGCUGGAGCUGCACUACCAGGAGUACGAAGCAGCUCACCGAGAAGUGCUGGAUGCUACACCGCCGUCCAAAUUCGAAGAGCAGGGUGAAAUGCAGAUAGCUUUCGACAUGCUGCAUAUCGAAGCGACGGAUCGACUCGAGCGGCUCUCCACGAAGCUGACUGCUGGUGGUGCUCCUGCAAUGGCAACCGGCAACCCUCAGGUCAUCAUCCAGCAACAACCGUUGCGAGCUCCGAUUCCCAGCUUCGAUGGGAAAGUGGAGAAUUGGCCGAAGUUCCGAGCGAUGUUUGAGGACAUCGUCGUGCGCAGCAAUGAAUCCGACGCCAUGAAGCUGCACCAUCUGGACAAGGCCCUGAUCAGCGAAGCGUCCGGAUGGAUUACUGCAAAGAUGAUCCAGGAGAAUAACUUCCAGCAAACCUGGAAGCAGCUUCAAGACCAAUUCGAAAAUCCUCGUGUGAUCGUUGACACCCAUCUGGCGGGUCUCUUGGAGCUGAAGCCGAUUUCGAAGAGGAACCACAAGGACCUGCUGGAGCUGGUCAAGGCGGUCAACCGGCACAUCGGAGGACUAGAGUACCAAGGCGUUAAGGUCGACGCGAUGUCUGGUCUCUUGCUGACAAAGAUCAUCACGGCCCGACUGGAUGACCAGACACUUCAGCUGUGGGAGAGGACCCAGGAGCACGGUAAGCUGCCUGACUUCGGCAAGACCAUGCAAUUCCUGCAGAACGAGUGUCAGGUGUUGGAGCGAUUUCAGAACCGUCAACACCAAGCAUCUUCAACGAAGGAAGGAAGCUUCAGGCCAUCCAACACGAAGUCUACAAGCCAGAAAGUGCAUGCUGCAACCCCGACGAGCAAGCUGCAGCGUUGUCUUCUGUGUAACGAGGAUCAUCGCCACUUCGAGUGCCCUAUGUUCAACAAGUGGACAACAACGCAACGUACAGAGAAUGUGAAGGAGUUGAACCUAUGCUUCAACUGCCUAAGUCCAGGACAUCGAUCCGCCAAGUGCCCAUCCAGGAAGACUUGUGCGGAGUGCCAGCGAAGGCACCACACGCUUCUGCAUGAGAUCCCGAGGCCAUCACCAGAGAAGCUCGCUCAACCGGUACAGCAGGCAAGCACAGCUCCAGUGAACCAACCGGCGUCGCCAUCGCAGUUACCCUCUCGAUCAUCGUCAAACACGGCUGUUCCGAACAACCAACCGUUGGAACAGAAGACGGUGAUGCUCAUGACAGCUCUGGUGAAUUUGCGAGACCUCUGCAACAGGAAGGUACCCUGUCGUGUGCUUCUGGAUUCUGGAUCGCAGAUGAGCUUCAUUUCACGGAGUAUGGCAGAUCGUCUGGCGGUACACCGGGCUCCAACGCUUGUACCAAUUACGGGAGUAGGUGCAGCCAGGACUUGUGCUCAUGAGAAGUUGACAGUGGCAGUCGAAUCCAGGUACACUGACUUCUCAACAAUGGUCGAAUGCUUGGUGAUUCCCAAGGUGACAGGAGUCAUCCCCACGACCCAGCUGGAUAUAUCGAAGUGGCCGAUUCCGACAUCCGCGUUUCUGGCUGAUCCCGAGUUCAAUACGCCUGGCCAAAUCGAUAUGCUGCUUGGCGUAUCCCAUUUCCUCCGACUGCUCAAAUUGGGAAGAAUCCAGCUGCGAGACGACUUGCCCGAUCUCCAGGAGACGCAGUUUGGAUGGGUGGUCGCUGGUGACGUCGAGGAAAAGCAAAACGAUCAGCAGUGCUACGUAUCCACAGCCAGCACACUCUCCGAGACCAUGCAAAGGUUUUGGGAAGUCGAAGAAGUCAACGAUGCUGAUCAACCUACGGACCAAAAGAAAUGCGAAAAGAAGUUUCAGGAUACCCACUAUCGAGACGUGGAUGGCAGAUAUGUUGUGUCGCUGCCUUUCCGAGAAUAUCCUCCCCAGCUAAAGCACAACCGAGAGUUAGUCCUGCGUCGCUUCUUUUCCCUGGAAAGGUGGAUGAAGAAGGAUCCUGCUCUCAAACUCCAGUACAGCAAGUUCAUCGACGACUACGAAGCCCUGGGACACUGCCGAGAGAUCAUCGAGGAUUGCAAUGCACCGAGUCAACCCCGGUACUACAUGCCCCAUCAUGCGGUACUUCGUCCAUCGAGCUCCAAUACAAAGCUUCGUGUGGUGUUCGAUGCAUCAGCCAAGGCUUCGCCAUCUGACGUUGCUCUCAAUCAAGCUCUUCUGGUGGGAGCAACAGUGCAGAACGACAUCUUCGUCAUCCUCGUUCGCUUCUUUAAGCAAUUCUUUGUUUUCACGGCUGAUAUUUCGAAGAUGUGUCGGCAGAUCAAGGUAGUUCCAGCCCAUUCGUGCUUCCAAAGGAUUUUCUGGCGAGAUGAUCCUGCGCAACCUCUUCGGGUACUGGAGUUAACAACGGUGACGUAUGGAACAGCGUGCGCUCCAUUCCUCGCGACAUGGUGUUUGUUGCAGCUGAGUAUCGACGAGGCCGAUUCCUUCCCUAUCGCUGCGAACAUCAUCCGAGAAGAUUGCUACGUCGACGGAGCUGAUACCGUAGCUGAAGCCAUCGAAUGCCAGACCCAGCUUAUUGGAAUGCUGAAAUCCGCGGGGUUCCCUGUCCAUAAGUGGAGCUCCAACGCUACGAAGCUGCUUGAACGCAUCCCUGAAUCAGAUCGUGAGGAAUUGGUAAAUCUCAGUUACGGCUGUGACGGAGUCAUGAAAACUCUGGGUAUGCCUUGGAGUCGACUGAGGGAUGAGGUUGCAUUCGACGCGAAUCAUUUUACCGACUACUUGAAACCUCCGACCAAGCGAUCUGUACUACCCGAAAUCAGGAAGCUCUUCGACGUGAUUGACUUCCUUUCCCCGGUUAUCAACAUAGCCAAGCCGAAGAAACCAUUGGUAUCCCUGCAGGCCUUCGUGCGGAUCCGUAUUGAGAAAAUACAGCUGCUCACAGGCUCGUCGAAUGUAAAAUGGAGGUACGUUUCAACGAAGGAACACCCGGAUGACGUCAUCACGCGAGGACGGCUGCCAGAAGCACUGCGUACCGGCGAGUUGUGGUGGACUGAGCCCAAGUUUCUUCAAUGUGCAGAUUACGAUGUGGAGAUUCCAGCAGACCUUCCUGACUAUGCUAUCUUGGAGAUACGAGCAACACCGAUCGUCACUGCAUCCGAAAUCAACCAAAAUGAGCUGCCUCUAUUUUCAAAGUACAGCUCAUUUCGUAAACUACAGCGUGUGACUGCUCUAGUUCAGCGAUUUAUUCGGAACUGCCGACUAAAGAACGCCUCACAGCGCGUUACCAGUCAUCGUCCAACGAUUCCAGAGUUACGAGAUUCUCUGGAACUCAUCCUGAAGGUUAUCCAGCAUGAGACGCUAGCGGAUGAAAUUCAUCGCAAGGAAGCCAACGAGCAGUGCAAGCGGAUCUAUGUGCUGCAUCCCAGUCAUCGCAAAGGAGUGAUCCGAGCUGUCGACGUGAGGAUUAACGGAACAACAUACCGACGAGCGAUUUCCAAACUCUCCAUUCUACCGAUCGAAGACAACUGCAAUCCACAUUGCAGUGCUUCAGAUGACUUCCAGCCCGGGGGUGCAUGUUCGCUACCGACAAGUACGCUCCGGUGGCAAAUGUGCCCCACUUUCCCCUAUCACGCAAGAGAAGAUGGAAAACGUCAAACGCGGGAGCACCAUCAUCAGCAGCAAGUUGCUCACCCGCCGCCGGCACCACCAUCAUCGCCACUCAUCGAUGUAAACACGCGCUCGUGA